AUGACUUCUUUAUUACCAUUAGCCUCAUACAACUUAGCUUUGAACCCAUUCACUCCAACUCAAGCAAUUGAAUCAGAAUUACCAGUUACUGUUCAUUUAACCUUAGCUGCUAUUGAUCCAGAAGGUGCUAUUGAUGAUGAUGAACAACCAUCUACUUUAAGAAUCUUGAAAAGCUCAGCUUUCCGUAACUUGGAUGAAGAUUCCUCAGAUGAUGAUUUAUCAGAAGAUGGUGAAGAUGCUGAAUUGAAUGAAGACUCUGAUGAAGAUAAAAUCGAAGAAGAUUCAGAUGAAGAAGAUGCUGGUGAAAAUGAUGCUGAAGAUGAUGAUGAAGAAGAUGACGAAGACUUCAACGAUGAUGAAGAUGAUGAAAUCGAAGAAUACGUUGUUUGUACUUUAUCACCAAAAUCACAAUACCAACAAACUUUAGAUUUGACCAUCUCCCCAGAUGAAGAAGUUUUCUUUGUUGUUACUGGUUCAUACCCAAUCCAUUUAUCUGGUAACUUUGUUGAACACCCAUAUGACGAAGAAGAUUCAGAAUUCGAUUCAGAUGAAGAUUCAGAAGAUGAAUAUGAUUUAUCACCAGAUGAAGAUGAAAUCAUUGGUGAAGAUUUCGAUAUCAAUGAUUUAGAAGAUGAAAGUGAUGUUGAAGGUAAAAUUGAAGAAUUAGUUGAAGAAGAAGAAGCUAAAAAAGUUGAAGCUCCAAAAGAAACCAAAAAAUCAAAGAAAGAAAACAAAAAACGUCAAGUUGAAGAAGAAGAAGCUAAACCAGAACCAAAAGAAACCAAAAAGCAAAAGAAAGCUAAAGAAGAAAAAAAUGUCAAAUUUAACAAAGAAUUAGAACAAGGUCCAACUGAAUCUAAGAAAGAAUCAGCUCCAAAAUCAACCACCAAAACUUUACCAGGUGGUGUUGUCAUUGAAGACCGUACUGUUGGUAAAGGUCCAACUGCUAAAAAUGGUUCAAGAGUUGGUGUCAGAUAUAUUGGUAAAUUGAAGAACGGUUCAGUUUUCGAUAAAAACACCUCUGGUAAACCAUUCAACUUUGGUUUAGGUAAAGGUGAAGUCAUCAAAGGUUGGGAUGUCGGUGUUGUUGGUAUGGCUGUUGGUGGUGAACGUCGUAUUGUCAUUCCAGCUAAAAUGGCUUACGGUAGUCAAAAAUUACCAGGUAUUCCAGCUAACUCUGAAUUAACUUUCGAUGUUAAAUUAGUUUCCAUUAAAUAG